GAUUCAUUGUCCCUGCCAUGAUCCUUUGACCCUUCAGACUUCUACCGUGUCAAUGCGGUUCCGUGUAUUUGAAGCUUUGGGCACCUCUAGGAAGCGGUUGUCUCAAUGAUUACAGCAGCAGACGCGUCUAUCGGUCUGAUUGAUGGGGUUCAAAUUCACUCAUUUGUGCGAUCUACUCUCCACUCUCGAGGACAACAGGAUCUUGAAGGCGACAAAUGAGGCGCGGGCUUUCAAUCCUGAUGUGCGGGCCGUGUCCCGGUGGUUUUCCCAGCAUGGGAAACAGAUACGUGGCCCCGGCACUGAUCUCCUGUCCCUGUUGUCCUGCAUGUUUCCCGAGAAAAGGCCAGACAGAGUCUACUGGCUGCAAGAAACCUCGCUGGCGAGGAUCAUAGCGCGAUGCUUACUUCUCGGGUCCUCCAGACGGGCAGAGCUCGAGCGUUGGCGUGUGUCCAGCGGACUCGACCUCGGCCAAUGUGUCGAGAAUGUAAUGCGGCAAGCGGAGAACGAUCUUGACCCCGGUCGAGAGGUAACGGUAGAGGAGAUUGACUCUGCAUUGAACAGUAUCGCUGCCUGUUGCCGAUUCUCCGGUCCUCGAGUGCGGAAGCAGCACACCGCGGUUGACGUCGAGCAGGCUCUGGGCUCUCUCUUCAAGCGACUAAGAAGCAGGGAUGCAAAAUGGUUAACGCGGAUGAUCCUCAAGGGCUAUUAUCCUGUCGUAUUCCCUCUACCUUUGACGUUGCGGAGCUUCCACUUCCUCCUUCCGCCUCUCCUUCUCUUCCAAGACACAUUCGAAGGUGCGCUCAGUAUGCUCCGCUCCGACCCCAUAAGCCAUUUUCCGCCGCAUCCGGACCCUGGUUUGGCCAAGGACCUGGCUUAUUUGGCCUUGCAACAUCUCAAUCCCAGAGUAGGGGUCAAGAUUGGUCGGCCGGAAUACCACAAGGCUCGCAGCAUCAAGCACUGCUGUCACAUGGUCAAUCGUCGUCGGAUGAGUAUUGAAAGGAAGUACGAUGGUGAAUACUGUCAAGUACAUAUCGACCUCACAUUGGGCCAUAAUUCCAUACAAAUAUUCUCCAAAAGCGGUAAAGAUUCUACUGUGGAUAGGGUAGGUAUCCACCAGGUCAUCAAAGACUCCUUGAAAUUAGGAGCGCCUGGGAGCAAGGUCUCCCAAAGGUGCAUUCUUGAAGGCGAACUACUCGUCUGGAGUGAUAAACACAGCAAGAUCAUGGAUUUCCAUAAGCUGCGUAAGUUAAUAUCUCGUUCCGGUACCUUUAUCGGUACUGAAAGCGAUUCCCCACCGCAACCCCAUGAGCAUCUGAUGAUGGUCUUCUUCGACGUUCUGCUUCUCGAUGAUAAUAUAUGUUUAAGGCAGCCGCAUCGGGAACGACGCCUACUACUCAAGGAUAUUAUACAGAUUAUCCCCGGGCGUGCAGAUAUUGCUGAACAACACGUAGUGGAUUUCUCGCGACAUGACGGCCAGGCACGACUGGAGAGCAUCUUUUCUAAGGGAAUUGCACAGCGGUGGGAGGGUUUUGUACUCAAGGGAUGCGAGGACCCCUACUUUACCAUUUUCUCAAACCAUGAGAACAACACGUUCGGCCGCUGGAUCAAGCUCAAGAAGGAUUAUAUACCGGGGUUGGGUGAUACGGUUGACCUUGCAAUCAUUGGCGCGAGAUACAAUCCGCGAGAUGCGACAGCCCUACAUCAAGUUAGGAAACUGUUAUGGACGGAGUUCUACAUCGGCUGUCUUACCAACAAAGAUGCAGUUGCGCAUUCCAACAUUCCUCCAAGAUUUAAGGUUGUAGAUGUGCUUGACCGCAAUGGCAUGAGUUUGAAGAACAUGCAGAUCCUCAACCAGUUCGGCGAGUUCCAUGCCUGCAACGCCGAGUCUGACCACGGGUUAUUACUUCAUUAUGGAACUAAUGUCGCCUCCAGAAUGGAAGUCGUGUUCAAGACUCCCUUCAUCGUGGAGAUACUGGGUAGUGGGUUUGAGAAACCAUCCAAUGCCGGAUAUUUCGCGCUUCGUUUUCCAAGGAUCACCAAGAUUCACUGGGACAGGGCUCUUGAGGAUGCGACAUCAUAUGCUGAGCUGCAACAACUCGCCGAGGAUGCCCGAGCUGUUCCCACGGAUGACAUGGACGAAGAGCGAAGCGAGUGGUGCAAGCGCGUGAAACUUGGAACUGGAUCAGCACAUCAUGUCUCAAAUGAACGGUCUGGAAGCAUUUCUUCGAGUCAAUGCUCUACAUUGAGGUCGGGGACCGACACCACCGCUGCCAUUCCCUCAAGCGAUCCACCGAAUAUGCCAUCAUCUGCUUCCAAAUCCUUAGAACGAGCAGCCACACUGAUGAAGUCACCAAAAUUUCCAACUGCUUCAAACAGCCGUACCAUACCUAUAUACAGAGAAGGAUCCGUGGAUUCAGCUCAGCCAGCUGCAGACAAUCCUGCUCGACAAAGUCCUUUGACCAAUAAUGACAAUCUGUCGGCUCAUACCUGCCGCCAGCGACGAUAUGCAAAUCGCAAUCCGGAUUAUGGCCACGGAGACAAGCCAAAUCCUCAGUCUCGACAGCCUGGCCUAGUUACAAGCCAGGCCGAUACUGAUUCCCUUAGCACUGGACAAUGCAGCAGCUCCGCUACACCACCGCAGAUAUCUAGCUACCCCAAAACAGAUGAUAACCGUCCUCCCAAACCAAGUCAACCUCUCGCAUCUCUACUCCUGAACAUCCCCAUAUAUAUCACACCAACGCCAAGCAACCAUACAACCCCCCAGCAACACAAUCCACCUUCCAACCCAGAGCACCACACCCAACCCCUUGCCGCCUUCCUGGAUAUCCUAUUGACAGCCACGCCAAAGACGACAACACCAUCCCCACGUCUCGGGCUCGUCCUCCUGAUCGGCAGCGAAUCAACCCUCGGCCACCUCCUCUUCGACCUCAGCAAACGCAUCACCCGCGCCCUGCAAACCAGAAGCACAACCCACCCUCCAACGGGCAAGAUCUUUGUCCUCGACCAAAGCUUCCUGAACCUCGACAUCAGCCCCGACGACGCCAGGCUCGGCCUCCGUCACACCUGGGAGUCGAUCGGGAGACGGUACUUCUAUGCGUGCGUGAAGUGGGAUCUCGGCGGGACUGGGGAGCGUAUCUCGCAUUUCGGUCUUCAUACAAGCCCUAUGUACUGUCAUCGAAGAGCAGCGGAAGGGCGUGGGCGAGGGAUACAUAGAGACGUCGAUGUCAAGGCUACGAUCAGUUUCAAUAGACGGGAGCUGCUUCCGCUGAGCGAAUUGUUCGCAGUGACCUUAUCCGGUGGUGCGUAUUGA